AUGAACACGAAGACGCCUCAAUUUGCAACUUUGCGAGCGACUAUUGCCGCUCUGACAUGCCGUAACUGGGCAAUUGAGGGCUUCAGUCGCAUUGUUAUCGCGACCAGUGACGCAAGUGUGGCUGAAGGCAUCACAGUUUCUAUCAAAGAUUGGCUCCAGCAGGGCUGGUUUGUCCGGGGUCAACCAGCUACUCCAGUACUUAACAUUGACCUGUGGUGGACUUUGAUGGAGGCCGUCCAAAAUUGUGGUCGAUACGGCCUGACGUUGUAUUUCUGCGAAACAGACGGCGAAUGGAAUGAGACCGCCAGAUUGUACGCUGCCGCUGCGGCUCAAAGGACCUGCACCAGUAUUCUUCAAAAAGGCGAAGGCUCUUGGCCUUCAAUUCGUUGA